AUGCCACCCCAAAUGGAUUAUUUCUACCAAGAGGCGCGAAUUCCGCCAGUUUGUGUGGAGCAGGGGCACGAGCAGGAGCACGCGCGCGCGCACACGCCGGAGUCGGACCAGGAGCCGGUGAUCACUUGCAUGCUGGUGGGAGAUGGAGCUGUGGGCAAAACCAGUAUGAUCAUCAGCUACACCAACAACGGAUAUCCCACUGACUACAAACAGACCGCUUUCGACGUGUUUUCAGGACAAGUCCAAGUGGAUGGGGCACCUGUCCGGAUCCAGCUGAUGGACACAGCUGGACAGGAAGAGUUUGACGGCUUCCGCUCGCUGUCCUACGCUCACACGGACGUCUUCCUGCUGUGCUUCAGCGUGGUCAACCCGACCUCCUUCCAGAACAUCACCAAGAAAUGGAUCCCGGAGAUCCGCUCGUGCAACCCGACGUCUCCCAUCAUCCUGGUCGGGACUCAGUCGGACCUCCUGCUGGACGUCAAUGUUCUCAUCGACCUGGACCGAUACAAGGUGAAGCCUGUGCUCAGUUCUCGGGCUCGGAGCGUUGCCGAGAAGAUCCGGGCCACGGAGUACGUGGAGUGUUCGGCUUUGACGCAGAAGAACCUUAAGGAGGCUUUCGACGCCGCCAUUUUCGCUGCCAUCAAACACAAGGCCAGGAAGGCCAAGAAGAUGAGACUGUCGGACCGGCGAGCUAAAGCCUUCUCCAAAUGCAGCUGGAAAAAGUUCUUCUGCUUCGUCUGAUCCUGUGGGUCAAACUCUUCUGUAAUUUAUUAUUUAUUAUUCCUUUUGGACGCCACGUGUGUUAUGAUCUCAACGUUUUGGCUUGUGGAACAUUUCACAUGAAACCUGGAAGCGUUUCAGAAUCCUGAUGCACAUGAGGUCAGAGAUAACGAGAGCGAGCGAAUGUAAACAGAGCCGGGGAUUCACAAGGCCCUCACAGCCUUGGGGUUGAUUAUUUUCCUGUAACAGCACUUCCUGAAGCCAUUUAUGUCUCUGUUAACUCUGUGAUUGUUUUAGGAGAGAGACAACCAUGAUGAAAAUAAAAUGGGUUUAUUUAAAGAUCUGAAUGGAAAAGAAGAAGAAAAAAAAGCCAAAGCUCUGACACUGGAGACUCCUUCCAUCUCAUUAAAGAAAACUCUCAUGUCAUUUAAUAUUAAGGGAUGCACCGCUUCUAUAUUAUAAAAAAAAUAAUAAUCAUCCAGGAGGAAACAGGAGUCUCGGGAUGACAAUAAAAUCAGCAGCUACAGUAUGUAAAUGAUGUGAAUUUGCAUUCUGUAGGAGGGGAGAAAGAAAAAAAAAGCCCAGAGCUGAAAGAGUUAAACCCUGACUCUCUUUUGUCUUCGGCGCUACGUUGUCAGACGGGACUUUUCAUAUGCGAGCUGCGGCGUGACCCGUAUUCCUGACGGCUCCUUUUGAACAAUUAAGGGGCGACUUGACGAGUGCGGGAUUGAGUUUGUUCAGCCAGGCAACAUCUCCAGCGUGGCCUUUGUGUUGCAAAUUAAUCUCAAUCUCACCGGGGGAGUUCUUCUUCUUCUUCUUCUUCUUCUUCUUCUCCUUCAGAGCAGGGGUGUUUGUUCAGAUCUACACUUUAUAAUAAGACUCCCCCACUUGUUACUGUACCACACACACUUGUUUUGGAUCUCGGCCUUGUUUACGUUGCCCGCUCUCUCUCUUUAUCUCUGUUGAUUUGUCGACUCCAGUGUGUGUACAUAAUGAUACCGUGAUGUAAAAUAGUGCUGUUUGGUUUUUUUGCUAAAACACUAAACUUUAUGCUUCUUGUGGAAGAUUUUAUUAAUAACGCUGUUUAUUGUAAACAGUCUGAGUUGAUGCCAUAGGCAAGAAGGACUUAUCUUCUUAUUUUCACUCACACACACACACACACACACGCACACACACACAUGCAUGACAUUCUGGCAAUCAUUGAUUCAUUCCUCCAUUUAUUUUUUUGAGAAAAUUUUUUUUUGAGGGUUUUGUGAGAAGUUCUAAUAAAAUGAAGAGUAAAAAUCA